AUGCGGUACGACACCGCCAAGGGUAUGCUCCCGGACCCCAAGAACACCCACAUCGUGGUGAGCUGGAUGAUCGCGCAGACCGUGACGGCUGUGGCGGGCGUGGUCUCCUCCCCAUUUGACACCGUGCGACGGCGCAUGAUGAUGCAGUCGGGGCGCAAAGGAGCGGACAUCAUGUACAAGGGGACCGUCGAUUGCUGGCGGAAGAUCUUCAAAGACGAAGGGGGCAAGACCUUCUUCAAGGGCGCGUGGUCCAACGUCCUGAGGGGUAUUGGGGGCGCGUUCGUGCUGGUCCUGUAUGACGAGCUGAAGAAGGUCAUCUAGACGUUCCUCCUCCAGACGCGGGGACCAAGGGAAUCCUGUAGAAUACUUUUAACUGUUAUGGACCAUUGAUCUUCGAGAAAUUCCAGUGUCCUUGUCCCGGCCAGAUCACGCGUAGAGGCUUGGGGAAGGUUCCAAAGGGGGCUCAUUGUGAUCUAUCAUUGGCACCAGAUUCCAUGUACUGAUUAUGGGGGGGAGGGGAAUCACGAGGUUUUGUGGGUCCACAGGCCAGCAGCUCCCUGGCACAGACCUUAGAGUCCAGGUGCUUGUGGGACCCGAGGUGUGUUUAAGUAUUUAUUUAA